AAAACAUUAUUGAUUUUUCAUUUGACAAGUCGCUGGAAAACAUUCUCGGAUUCUUUAUUUUUCUCGGAUAAAUGAAUUAAAAUAUUCUAUUUAGUGAAGUGUUCAGUGUCAAAUCGGUUGUUGUUUGUGAAAAGCUAUUUGAAAAUAAACAAAGGAUAUGAGUGAAUUAAGACAUCGGCGCGGGGAAGGUGAUGGAAACGACAAACUGGAGAACGCUGGCGAAUCUGAUCACGUCGAUUCGGAGGAGGAGAAGAAUAUAGAAGAAAAAUAUGUGGAUGAAUUGGCGAAGUCUUUGCCUCAGGGAACGGAUAAAACUCCGGAAAUCCUUGACUCUGCUCUUUCGGGACUAUCGUCAAGAUGGAGGAACUGGGUUAUCCGAGGCAUCUUCACCUGGUUGAUGAUUGCUGCGUUCUGCCUGCUCAUCUAUGGAGGACCGCUGGCUCUUAUGAUCACAGUACUGUGUGUGCAAGUGAAAUGUUUCGAAGAGAUCAUCAACAUUGGGUACGCCGUCUACCGCGUCCAUGGCCUGCCAUGGUUCAGGUCCCUCUCCUGGUAUUUCCUGCUGACUUCCAACUACUUCUUCUACGGAGAGAACCUCAUUGAUUACUUUGGAGUCGUCAUUAAUAGGACGGACUACCUGAAGUUCUUGGUGACGUACCAUCGCUUCAUCUCAUUCAGUCUCUACUGCGUGGGCUUCGUAUGGUUCGUCCUGUCCCUCGUCAAGAGGUACUACAUGAGACAGUUCAGUCUCUUCGCCUGGACACACGUGGCUCUACUUAUUGUUGUCACCCAGAGCUACCUCAUCAUCCAGAAUAUAUUUGAAGGUCUAAUAUGGUUCAUAGUGCCGGUGUCUAUGAUCAUCUGCAAUGACGUCAUGGCUUACGUGUUCGGCUUCUUCUUCGGAAAGACCCCACUCAUCAAGCUGAGCCCCAAGAAGACCUGGGAGGGUUUCAUCGGUGGUGGCAUAUCUACCGUUGUUUUUGGACUUGUGAUGUCGUACAUGAUGUCCCAGUACCCGUACUUGGUGUGCCCCAUCGAGUACUCGGAGUCGCUGGGCCGCAUGACGAUGGACUGUGAGCCGUCGCUGCUGUUCCGGCUCCAAGAGUACACGCCACCGCAGUUCGUGCAGCCCGUUAUGAAAGUUUUCGGUAUGGAGAAGUUGAACAUCUACCCGUUCAUGAUCCACUCUCUAUGCCUAAGCACGUUCAGCUCAGUCAUCGGACCUUUUGGAGGAUUCUUCGCUUCAGGAUUUAAACGCGCGUUCAAAAUCAAGGACUUUGGUGACGUGAUCCCCGGACACGGCGGCAUCAUGGACCGCUUCGACUGCCAGUUCCUGAUGGCCACCUUCGUCAACGUCUACAUCACCAGCUUCAUACGUACCGCCACGCCGCAGAAACUGUUGCAGCAGGUAUACAACCUAAAACCUGAACAACAGCUGCAACUAUUCUACGCUCUGAAGGAAUCGUUGGAACACAGGAAUAUACUAAACUUGGUACCUUAGACGGUCUGAGCUAGUACAAUUACAGGUAAAAUUUAUGGUCACAGCCAGGCAAAGAACUUCACAUUUUAGGGAAAAUCGCUGCGUUUUGUACUAUCAACAUUUUAUAGGACAAAUUAAUAGGUGUUAUUGUCUUUGUGUUUCAGAAAGAGUUGGGGACAAUUUUUCAUAAAAACUAGACAAUUUUUUUUAGUAUCUGAAUAUUAUGUAUCAAUUAUGUUUCGUUAGUUAGUAGUUUAUAGUAAUCAAUUCAUAAUAUUAACGAUUUUGUCCAUAAAAUUAUGUUAAAAGAAAUAAUUAUAAUGAUAAACGCAGCGUUCGUUCCGUGAAGUGUGAAAAUGUUCUAAGGAGGAACAUAUCCCGCGCACCAUGCAAGGAAAA